GCGAGUGAACAAGUCGUAAAGCCGCAAGAACUUGAUUUGGCUAUCGCUACUUGGAAAAUUGUCAGUAAUUUGAAUAUGAUCCGCCACUUUAUAACUUUGCUAUUUACCACUCUGGCUUUGGUAUGUUUGCUUCGAAUGACCUUGGCUUUUGAUUUUGCUGAGUACACCAUGGAAAGACUGAAAAAUACCAUUGAAAAGGAACAUAUAACGUGUUCCAACUACAAAGAAUUUUGCGAAAAGAGUAAUGCCGAAAUUAAGGCUGACGGCAUACUCCAAGACGCUGAAACUAUUAAAAUGGCCGUCGCAUUCUGCAAGAAUAUUUUGAGAAUACACGUAUGCGACAUCGACCUCGACAAGGAAUCGACUUUCGGCGAGAAAUAAUUGAUGCAAACUCAAAGUCGAUAAAUAAAAUAUUAUGCUUUUGCAAAUGUAAA